AUUAGAAUGACUGGUUAUUUAAAUUUCAGUGCCUUUGUGACAUCACCAUCACUAUAACAAUACAUCCGUCUCAGAAGUGCACCUAGAUCGUGCCGAUCACCCAGACUGCAUGGGCAUUUUUUAUAUCAGCACCAGCUAUUCAGAUGAGGAAAGGGCACAGUCCAGAGUGCAUUACAAGAUUUGUUACUGUUUGGAAUAGAAAUAAUACUUAGUAUUGGUAGAGAAUGUUCAAAGCACUCCACGUGUAUUAUCUUGUUUCAGUCCUUAUAACUAUCCUGUACGGGCAGCCCUUAUUUGAUUAACAGACUGGAGGAGAUCAGCAGGCGGAUGGCAACGCUCGGUUCCUGAGCACAAUAUAACCUUGUUCUGACCAAGAACAAUACAAGAACUCUCUGAGGAGGCCAGCUUGGGAAAAGGAAGGAGCUCAAAAUGACAGAGCUCGCAGUUGAGAAUGGCAGCUGCAUGGACUGGCAGAAACGAUGUCUUGCAUUGGAGACCCAACUCUUCAAAUUCCGCCUGCAAGCUAGUAAGAUCCGGGAGCUUUUGGCUGAGAAGAUGCAGGAACUGGAACAAAGGGUGGUUGAGGCAGAACAAAGAGCCCAAAAUGCAGAAAAACAGUGUGAGGGGAUCUUUCAGGUUGAACUCAUGGAAGAGAAGUUGAAACUUGCCAACAUGAAAACAAAUGAAUCAAGUGAACACAAGAAAUACCAGGAGCUGAUGAGCAGAGUGCAAGAAAAGGAUGAACUGAUAAAAAAACUGGAGACACAACUCAGAGAUGAGAAGCAGCUGAGAGCACAGGAAGCUAAAAUUGUUCAAGAAAAAGCUGCCAAAAUUAAGGACUGGGUGACAGCAAAACUGAGAGAGCUUGAGCUGGAAAACCAUUAUCUCAAAGGUUGUAACCUGAGGCAGAGUGAGCAGAUCAAAGCCCUUCAAGAAGCACUGCAGGAUCUGACUACUGUUCCUGCAGAAUCUGUUUCAAGCUGUAACAUUCAGCUGCUGAGAGACCCAUUGUCAUCCCUCCUUGAGACCUCAGACCAGGAUUCCAAGAUUCUUGCAAUGGACAUCAAACAGUCAUACCCAGGUGUAUCUAUGAAAGGCAUUCCUUAUAUAACAAGUGUACUCUUUAUGGAUGAUGCUUAUGUGGCAGAUGAGGCUGUCAAAUCAAUGCCCUCUCAGAGCUCACUGAGAUUUAUCUCUGAUACCUCAAACUACAAGCAUCCUUCAGUGAAUGACUUGGUUUCCAUGGGAAACCCAAAAAACUGCACAGUGUCACCAAACCACCAAGCUGAGACUAUGACAUUUCAUGGAGCUUUAGCUUUUCAGCCUCCUCUAGAGGAAUUUCAGAGCUCUAUCACUGCUUCCAAUAAAAAAGAAUCGGACCGAUACAAUCCAUCAGAUGAACAAAGUACUUUCAGCAGUCAUAGAUUCAACUUCUCUGGGGAAAUGAAAAAUACACUUAAUAGUUCUGUCUCAACAUCAAUUUCAGCUCUGAAGCUGCCAACAUCCAUUACUUCAAUACCUUCCAAUUUCCCAUUGAGAGAAGGUGGACUAGGUAAUAGCAUGACACUUCCCAAAACUCGGACUCCUAGCAAUUUAAGGGACAGUAUUCAGCUAACCAAGAGGCAUUAUAGCCAGCCACAGCCAGGCACUGAUUCCUUCCAUCAUGUAGUGAACAUUGAGAUUAGUACUUUUCAGCCUAUAAGAGCUGCUACACCAUGCCAGGGACCAGUGGAAGAGACAGAUAUUGAUGAAGAGGUUGCAGAGAAGAUGGAAAUGGAAGACUGUUCGGUGGAGGAGGCAAGGAUGGGUGAGGAGACACCUCAGCACUUUGGUUCAAGUAAGAAGACAGUAAUUUCUGAACCCAGAUUAAAGGACCCAGGAAGCAAGCCACCCACUCCUCCCUUACACAGGUUUCCAUCUUGGGAGAGUCGGAUCUAUGCAGUAGCCAAAUCUGGCAUGAGACUUUCAGAAGUGGCUCUUGUGAGUGACUCUACUAGCUGGACUUCCAGUUCCCCAGUCUGUUCAGUCUCUGGGCCAUUCACCUGCCUUAUUUACAGAAAUAUCACAGUGCCAGUCUACACCAUGCUUAAAGGGAAAGCUACCCAAAUCAGCAAUGUUCCUUUCUUAGAUGAAUCCUCAGGCUCUGAUGAUGACUGCGGCUCCCAUGUUAGUUUCAGAACCUCCAAUGCAGGAUAUGAGCCCAGAAAAACAAGCACACCAGGCAGCCCUCGUGCAGUCAAACGAGCAGGUGUCUCUAUGUCCUCACUAAGCUCAGAGGGUGACUAUGCCAUCCCCCCUGAUGCCUACUCCUUGGAUGAAGACUACUGUGCACCAGAGCAUAAACUGCAACGAACAUCAUCCUACUCCACUGAUGGUGGGCUCUGCAGUGAAUCCCUGGAGAAAUCUGGCUAUUUGCUGAAAAUAAGCAGUCGGAUGAAGACCUGGAAAAGACGAUGGUUUGUUUUGAAAAAUGGACAGAUCAUGUAUUAUAAGUCCCCGAGUGAUAUCAUUUGCAAACCUCAGGGGCAGGUUGAGCUGAAUUCUUCUUGCCAGAUUGUGCGGGGUGAAGGAUCCCAAACGUUCCAGCUCAUCACUGAAAAAAGGACCUACUGUCUGACAGCUGACUCUCCUAACAUCCUGGAAGAGUGGAUCCGUGUUCUUCAAAAUAUCUUGAAGGUGCAAGUGACUAGUCCCACUGAUAUCCCUCUCAGUGAUGCCAAACCCAUUGUGAAAGGCUGGCUUACCAAGGUGAAACAUGGACGUUCCAAGCUAGUUUGGUGCAUACUGACUGGAAAAACAUUUUACUAUUUUCGAAAUCAUGAAGAUAAGUGUCCUCUGGGGCAUUUGCACAUGCGUGAAUCAAAGGUGGAAGAAGUGGAUCGCUCUUCUGACUCUGAUGAGGAUUAUGAGGCUAAUGGUGGGGGUCUCCUUUCUUCACAUUGCACCCUGGUUAUUCACCCUCCAGACCAGAGUCCCACUUAUCUCCUCAUUGGUACCAAACAAGAGAAGGAUACCUGGUUAUAUCAUCUGACAGUAGCAGCAGGCAGCAGCAGUGCAAAAGUGGGCACUGCCUAUGAGCAGCUGAUUGGGAAGCUACUGGAUGCAGAAGGAGACCCUUAUUCUCCUUUGUGGAAACACCCAAUGCUGUGUUACAGCAAGGAUGGGUUGCAGACAUCCCUCACCACUCUGCCUUCAGAGGCAUUGCAGACAGAGGCCCUCAAACUCUUCAAGUCUUGCCAGCUGUUCAUCAAUGUCCCAGUGGAAGCCUCAUCUAUUGAUUAUCAUGUGUCAUUGGCUCAGACAGCACUACAGGUUUGCCUGACCCACAGUGAACUACAGAAUGAAAUCUACUGUCAGUUAGUGAAGCAGACUAGCCGAGAGGCUCAGAACCACUCAGUCAUUCAGUGUUGGCAGUUACUGGCUCUAUGUGCUCCUCUCUUUCUGCCUCAGCACCAUUUCCUUUGGUAUCUCAAGCAUCACUUGCAGCGGCAUGCAGACCCCAAAAGUGAAAUAGGCAAGUAUGCAAUCUAUUGUCAGAGAUCAGUGGAGCGCACCUUGCAAGCUAGAGAGCGAGAAGCCAGACCUUCCCGAAUGGAGAUAGUGUCCAUUUUGCUGAGAAAUCCCUACCACCACUCACUCCCCUUCAGCAUUCCAGUCCACUUCAUGAAUGGGACCUAUCAGGUGGUAGGCUUCGAUGGCUCCUCAACUGUUGAUGAGUUCCUGCAGCGGCUGAACCAGGAGACAGGAAUGAGGCGAUCAUCCCACUCUGGAUUUUCACUCUUUACAGAUGAUCCUUCUGGCAAGGAUCUAGAGCACUGCCUUCAAGGCCCUGUGAAGAUCUGUGAUGUAAUUUCAAAGUGGGAACAAGCUUUGAAGGAGUUGAGUCCUGGAAAAUAUGAAGGUGGCACAAAAAUAGUGAAACUAACAUAUAAAAACAGAUUGUAUUUCCGAAGCCAAGCAAAAGAUGACACAGACCGAGAGCGCUUGCUGCUGGCUUUCCAGAUUAGUGGUGAAAUAGCCAGUGGGAGGUUCCCUGUCAGUAAGGAGCUGGCUCUGGAAAUGGCAGCUUUAAUGGCUCAGGUGGAAUAUGGAGAUUUGGAUCGAGCAGUACCAUUAAGCCCUGGGGGCUCAUCUCACUCCAAAAUGCAACAUCUUAUCCAGCAGGUCCUAGAAAAAUACUACCCAAAGCAGUACAAACAUAAUGCUACUCCUGAGCUGCUAAGGCGGCUGGCUGACCAACUGGCUACGAAGUGGAUGCUGCUGCAGGGAUGCUCUCUGCAGGAAUGUGUCCGGAUCUAUUUGACGGUGGCUCGGAAAUGGCCCCUCUUUGGAGCCAAGCUGUUUACUGCUAAGCCUGUCCUACCUUCUCCCUUGGAAGACUGCCCACUGUGGAUAGCUGUGAAUGAAGAUGGAAUCAGUAUAUUAGAAUAUAAUACUAUGCACUUAAAACUGGCUUACUUGUACUCUUCGGUGCUGACCUUUGGAGGCUGUCAGGAUGAUUUUAUGGUGGUUGUCACUCAAAACAAGGACAGGCGUUCUGGAAAACCCUUCCCUGAAAAACUACUUUUUACAAUGACAGCUCCAAAGAUUGUUGAGUUGACUCUUCUUAUUGCCAGCUAUAUUAACUACUGCUCAUCAACACCACACAUGUCUCCUAUGGCUACUGCUCAGACCAUCAGUUCAUCAUGGACUACAUCAUCUACUAAGAAGCUCAUGGAACUGGAAAACAGAUCCUUCUUUCCUACUCUGCCACGAACCACUAAGGGGCCUACACUGCUGUGAACAUGGUUUCCAAGUGUCUUUAGGAAUUGUCAUGCCAUGCUGUGGACUGCUGUGAUUUCACUGGUUAAGUGCCCUGUUCAUCAAGCAGACUCCACAUCUACCCCUUUGGUGAAGCACCACAUUCCUAGAGCCUUGUUUAGAGCUAGAUUGCCUUUCUUCUUUAAACUAAAGUUUUGAGAGUUCAUCUGCUUUUAAUUUCCAAAUGCCCCAGGCCAGGAAACUUGAUUUUUGCUUUUGUCUCUUGAUUACCACAAAAUGUGAUGAUAGCCAGUAGCCUGGAUGGCUUUAAGACGGGUUUAGAUAAAUUCAUGGAGGAAAGGUCUAUCAAUGGCUACUAGUCUGAGAGCUAUAGGUCACCUCUAGCCUCAGAGGCAAGAUGCCUCUAAAUACUAGUUGCAGGGGAGUAGCAGUAGAAGAGAGGGCAUGCCCUCACCUAUUGUCUGUGAGCUCCCUAGAGGCAUCUGGUGGACCACUGUAUGAAGCAGAAUGCUGGACUAGAUGGGCCUUGGACCUGGUCCAGCAGGGGUUUUCUUAUGUUCUUAUGCCUGAUCAUAUUCUUCCUUUUUCACAUUCUCUCUGUGAAAACAGCACCUCUUUGUUAUCUGAGCUUCUGAUUUUUCUAAACACUUUGUUUCCCCACUCCUGCAACCAAAAGUGAGUAGAAUAAAUGAAUAUGUACAGUGGCUGACGUCUAGAGCAGUCUAGUGGGGAUGCAAUGUGAGCUGCAUCCUUGCAGUUAGAGGCUGCUCGUAAUGCAGCUGGAGAGCUUCCCCACUACUUCUGCAUCCACCCAUGGGGGAGCAAUUUUGGACAAUCUUUGCUAUCUCUGGUAAUGAUCUGUCCUUUCAAGAAUAUGUUGCUGAGGGCUGUGUGAUCCGCAGGCAAAUAUUUUCAGAUAGCACAGCACAUGACACUUUCAGAGACAGCAGAGAUAGUCCAAUCUCCUACACAGGCACAGUGGUAGUAGGGAAGCUUCUCUACAGCAUGGGUGUGUUUUCUUGGCAUAUCUACACUCCAUUUUUUCUGGAAGCCAGCCUAUAUUCCUCCUCAUGACAUUUAAAAAUGAAAUGCUUUGAAGGAAAUAUGGUCUGGCAGCCUACAAAAUAUACUGGUCACAAUGAAUGUCAACAGUAUUACAAGUGUUAAAUACUUUAACACAACACAAUACAUCCGACUUUGCAUGGUAUGGAGUGUUAUCUUGUGUGUGUUCACUCAGAAGCAAGUCCUACUAUUUUCAGUGGAAUGUAUUAGUAAGUAAGUGUGCAUACAAUUGCAGCUUUUGUGGACAACUUCCAGAAUAAUAUAUUAUUCAUGGAAAGGUGGGAUAUAAACACUUAUAAUAAAUGAAUACAUUGGUGUUUUUAAAAAGAGAGCCUGGGGAGAGGAAAUAGCUAGGUUGUGGGUUUUCCCCAUCUCAAUGACUUUUGUACCUGCUUUUCACAAGGAUAAUAUUUAGCAACUUGAAAAUGAAGAAACAUGUUCGGAAAGAUUUGCUUUAGAGAGAGAGCCGGGGGAAAUGAAAUAACAAGGCAGUGGGUUUUCUCCAGUCUCAAGGACUUUUAUGCCGGUUUUCACAGGCAUAAUGUUUAGUUCUCUGAAAAAGGCAAAAACUGGCUGAAGGACUGGAGGGAGACCUUUGAGUAUAGGUCCACAAAGUAAUUGUAUCUGGCUCCUGACAGCCCUAUCAAACUUCAGUCCAUACGCGGUAAACAUUUUGCCCACCAUGGCAUUCACAAGGCAAUUUCUUUUUCAAAGGUUGUAAGGGCCAAAGGUAUUCCAUGUUUCAUGUUUCUGUGUGGCCUUUGUCAAAACCCUCAAUCAGGCCCAUAUGCAUGUAUUUCAUAAAAUUGAAGCCCUUGCUGCUAGGUAGUGCUGCUUUUAUCAAUUGGCCCUGACUGCCUGUGAGUAGGGCACAGGCUGUCAUGAUUAUAGGACAAGAUGUGCCUCAGGACCACUGUCUGGAGUGGCCCUGGAGAAGAUAGAGGUUCACCAUCCAUGCUUUGGAAGAUGAGAUAAGUAUGGAAAAUAGCAUCAAACUGAAGUACUGUUAGGCAGUAAGCAAUAAAAAAGAAUGUCAACAAGUGUUACACACACAAGAUUGUUCACAUGACCACAACUUACCAGGGCUUGGGGGAAGAUAGGAGCCAUCCUGCCUCCCCAACCCCAUGUUGUAAGGCACUCAUGGGCUUAGCAGCACCGUGCGCCCACAUGACCAGCACAUGGUGGCUCCAAGAGCACUGAGAGGAAAGCAGGCUGCAGCCUUCUGCAGCAUUCCUCAAUGCACCACGUGAGGAUUUCCCAAGAAGCCGGACACUCUAGGAAAAUUUAAAAGUAGUAGAGGUUAACCAUAAGAUGGACAUGAGUCAACACUAUGGCACAAAUGGCCUGUGUUAUUUUAAGGUGCCCACUAUCCUGCAUGGAAGUUUGUGAUGGAAACCAUACUGUGGCGGGGAAGUGUGUGAUGUGCUGAUGUUGCAACACAGGGUAAUUCUAUGGGGAAGAAUUUGACAUCAGAUCAGAAUGCCUUUUGCAGCCAGUGUCAUGUCCCACAUAAUAUGUAGUUUUUCUCUUAACAAAAGGCAUGUGAAGUAGUUUAUGUGGCACUGGAAAGACCAUUGGCAGAAUGCUGUUUUUGCUUUUGCUUUCUGAAGAUUCUUUCUUUCUUUCUUUCUUUCUUUCUUUCUUGACUUCCUGAAGACAAAAACAAAGAGGGUGCUGACAAACAAGAAAGUAGAGUUACAAGGAUAAUCAUCAGUUUAAACGACAAAUUCUUCAAAGAAAGGCCGAAGGAACUGGGUAUGUUUAAUAAAAGGAAAAGAAGACCAAGGUUGCAAUCCAGUGCACAGUUACUUGGGGCAAAGUCCCAUUAUACUGUGUGAUUUAUUUCCAAUUAAACACGCAAUGGACUGCAUGAGGACUAUAUGGAUAACUUUUAGAACUAUUUAAAAGAUGUCCAAAAACUGUGUGAAAACAAAUUGGCCACUACAGACAGCAAGCCAAAGCUUUCUCCCCCAUAUCUUCAGCUCAAGUGCCUGGGAAAUCCUUUUCUCAUUAAUUCACAGCUCCAUGUGUUGGCUGAAGCUGGAGCUGGGCUUUCACUGUGUUAUACAAACCAUGACUGGGAACUAAGAUGUUACUCUGGUUCUGUUUUGUAAGCUACAGCAAAGGCACUUUCCCCAGGCUCAGGCAUCUGAAGCUGCCAUUCCCCAAACCAGGAUGUUUACAUUGCAGCUUUCUACCAGAACCAGGGAGGGGAGGAAGGAGCAUGCAGGUUCAGUAGGCAAUGAGGCUGUUCACAUGGGCAGCCCAGCCUGGGCUUAGCUGCCCUUGUGCACUGCCAGGAUCGAACACAAUUCUGGCACUGUCUCAGCCCCAAGCCUGGGAAUUUACCCCAGGCUUUUACCUGGGUUUAAGGGCACAAGUGUGCCCUUAACCCCAGGUUUGGGGGGGGGGGGCUGCACACACACACACCCAGGUGGCUAGAGUGCCCAGCUGAGGGAGGAUCCCUCAGUAACUACAACUCAAUAAACCAUGGUUUGUUGGAUUGUCCCAAUGUGUCAAGGCUAUAAAAAGAUGGACUCCAGUUAAAUAUCUGGAGAAGUGAUAAAAGCAGCUCAGCAACAGAGCAAGCUGCCUGGAGAAUUUGUGUGUGUCUUCCUUGGAGAGUGUCAAGGAAAGCUGAACAGGAGGUACCUAUGGGAAUUGUUUUAGGAGUGGCUGAUUAUCUUAGGGCAGGAGGUUGUCCUUGAUGAACUACAGUGGUCCUUUCUAACAGCAUGAUUCUAUGUUACUUUGAAUAAAGAGAAAACAGAAAGUACUUUGAUUAAAGCACCCUCAGUCCAUUGUUGAGUAGAUUCUGCAUAUAGUUGGGAGAGUUUGAUGUAUUUUAACUUUUGAACUUUAGUAAAAAUAAUAAUAAUAAUAAUAGAAAGCCAUGUUCAUUGUGGGAGUGGGGAUUUAGUAAAGACUUGAAUGACUGUGAGAGAUUUCUAGUGUGUCCUACAGGCCAAAAUACUAUACCAUAGUGUUGCCUGCUGUACAUAAAGGACAAUCUCUGGGCUCUUGACAUGUGCAUGUUAUCAUACAAUGUCGCAUGUGCAUGUUUUAUGUUAUAACCACUGGAUUAUAUUUAUUCUGGAUGUGUUCACUACUGGCCUUGGUAUUGGGACCACUUUGCAAUUGAAAGACAUGUGAUGUCUUUCAGUUACUGGGUCAUUUUUAGAUGGGAGGGGAACUUACUAGAUUUUAGUGAUAUUUACCCCCUCUGGCUGCCUUCAAGCAAAGAUGAGUGGCUAACAAAAUAUAUUUAUAAUGUUUUUCUGGUUUUCUUACCUAACAGUGUGUCUUCAUUCGAAUAAUCACCUGUGACAAAACUGAAAGAUAUAAAUUGUGAAAACUUGUAUAUUACCUACCUUUCUAGAUUUAUACUAUGUUCAUGAAUCAUUUUUCACAGAAUGAAUGAUAUAUUAUUUAGCAGAA